AUGAAAGGGGGUGCAGGUCAAAGAGCAGGAGUGGGAGAAGGGGAGCCAUGCCAGCUGAGUGCGGCCAAGAGUGGGGGGUGGAGCGUCUCUCCCGCCCAGGAGCCAAGACCGACCCCCAGGCUGUGGGUCCAGCAUCCGCAUCCGGCGGCUUCACAGCAGCUUCCUCUAGAGGGAGCUGAUUGGAGCCAGGAGCCGCCACCGGCACCUCUAGGAUCACCGCGGCCUCGCAGGUCCCUGGGGCAGCGCCGGGACAAGCGCAGGCUGUGUCCAACGCCAGGACUGCACUCACCCCUGUUCCUGGAAGCCGGGUCUGGGCCCCCGAUCCCCCGGGAGCAGCUGCUGGGCCCUCAGGAUCUCUGGCCUCGGUCUUGUGAGCCAUCCGGGCCCGGGCUAAGUUCCGGGCAGGCUAACCCUGUCCUCCACUGGGACCUGAGAAAUGGCAUCCGGGCAAGGCCCAGGUCCUCCCAGGCAGGGAUGUGGAGAGCCGGCCCCAUCUUCUACUUCUGCACCAUGGGGCAGGUGGGUCGGCAGCUUGCCAUCAUCGGGGACGACAUCAACCAGCGCUACGACUCCGAGUUCCAGGCCAUGCUGCAGCACCUGCAGCCAACAGCGGAGAACGCCUAUGAGUAUUUCAUCAAGAUUGCCUCGAGCCUGUUCGAGAGUGGCAUUAACUGGGGCCGCGUGGUGGCUCUCCUGAGCUUCGGCUACCGCCUGGCCCUCCACGUCUACCAGCGCGGCCUGACCGGCUUCCUGGGCCAGGUGACCCGCUUCGUGGCUGACUUCAUGCUGCAUCACUGCAUUGCUCGGUGGAUUGCGCAGAGGGGCGGCUGGGUGGCAGCCCUGAACUUGGGAAAUGGCCCCAUCCUGAACGUGCUGAUAGUUCUGUCUGUGGUUCUAUUGGGCCAGUUUGUGGUACGAAGAUUCUUCAAAUCGUGACUCCCAGGGGGAGUCCAGGCACCCUUGCCUGGACUUCAGCCAAGCCUUCUCCCCUCAUCCCCUCCCCUGCAGCACCCCCCACUCAAGAAUACAGAAGCUUUAGCAAGUGGGGCACUCAAGCUUUAGGAAGGCCCCUGCCCAGGGGUCAGUUAGGCUGCCGGGAUGCCCCAACCUUGCGUGGUGCUAAUGACCUCCCUCUCUGGGGCCCAUCCUGUCAGAGAGGGGCUGUAGCCUUCUUCCUCAGCUCUCUGGGACUCCCUCAGCUGUGUCUCCUGGGUGCUGGGGAGAUUGACAACUUGGGGAAGCAAGAGGCUGAGAGUCACUUCCCUCCAAAUUUUUAAUGGUUCUAUCUUUUUAUAAUGCCCUUGGAAGGACUCUCCCCACCCCCCAUUCCCACCACUCUGCCCAAGCGAGGAUGCCUGGGUUGUGGGGGUUCAUAGGUCACCCUGUGCGCCCCAGGACUCAGCUGUUCUAGAAGGUCAGAGUUUGAUUGCUGGGCUUGGAGCCCAGUCCUGGCCCUUCCUAAGCUCUCCCCCUGCUCCCACUCCCCCUACCCAUAUUGCCUUUGCAGUGGACUCUCAGGGAUUCUGGGCCUGGGUGUGGGAUGGGGAGGGAGUGGGGGUAUAGACCAGAGCUGUGAGAACUUCAUUGGCACCCCCCAGCCUGCCUUCCGAGACCCUCAGUUCUCUCCCUUCUCCUCCCCUAUUACCACUUCAACCCAACCUGUUCACUACAAGUGAAGCCCACCCUGCCCCCAUCACUCCAGAUAAGGAAGGAGGGAUCUUGGGUAAGUGGAGACCUGAAGUCCCCUCCUUGCCCAGACUAGACUUUAGGACGCAUUUGUUAUUGUCAGGGAAAGGGGGUAAGGAGCUCAUCUUGAGGUUUCUGAGUGAGAAAAGAGCUGUUAAUGUCACUAGGAACCCCAGAGUUGGGAUCCUCCCUCAUGGCCUGGGCACAGUGUAAUCAGGGGGUGUGGAUGGGGAAACUGUGAAUACUUGAACUCUACCCCCCUACCCUACCCCCAUUCUCCAUACUCCUCACCUGCCUAAUCCCCUCCUGUGGGUCAGGGUGGGAAGGCCUUGUCUAUCUUGCACAACCUAGAGGUUUAGAGGUAGGGAGAGGGAAGUUUUUGAUUAAACCAAAUGCAAGAAGGGGAUGCACAUGGAGCCCACUGGCCAGUCCUCACCCCUCUGAGUAAAUCUGAAAAUAAACUAUAAUCCCCUGA